AUGGGAAGUACAUGCAAUUCUAAUUAAAAUGAUUCAUUAUCUGAAGAUAUUUCUUCUAUUUAAAUAAAUACUAAAGAAAAAGGAAUAUAAAAUAUAAAUUAAACAAUCAAAGGCAAUUUUCAGUAAGUUAAAUUAAUGAAGGAAUACUUAGAUGAAGGAAUCUAAAUCUCUAAUAUUCAAACUAUAAUAAUACAUCCAAGAUGUGAAUCUGAAGGAGUAAAAGUAAUGACUGAAUUGAUGAAAUUUGGUAAUCAAAUAACACUUAUAUCCAAAAAAAUACCAGAUAGCCCUAUUUCAAGUGCAAAAUCAAUUUCAAAGAAAGGAAUUUUAAAAAAUAAAUAAGAAAUAAAUAUAUCUAAAUCAGUAAAUGGAAGUUUGUUCUUUCCAUCUCCAUAAAGAAUAAAUAGAACAAAAAAUAACAAAAGUUGA